UCAGAGGAAUUAAAGUUUAAUGAUGAGAGAAGUGAUCUCUAUUCAUAUCGGACAGGCUGGUGUUCAAAUGGGGAAUGCUUGUUGGGAAUUGUACUGCCUGGAGCAUGGAAUUCACCCUGAUGGUUCUCUACCUGAGGAUGAUUCUGUGGGUAUUGCAGACGACAGCUUUAAUACAUUCUUCAGUGAGACAGGAUCUGGUAAACAUGUACCCAGGGCUGUUUUUGUAGAUUUGGAACCUUCGGUCAUUGACGAGGUGAGAACAGGAACUUACAGGGCGUUGUUCCAUCCCUCUCAGUUAAUCACAGGGAAGGAGGACGCAGCUAACAACUAUGCAAGGGGUCACUAUACGAUCGGAAAAGAGCAGAUUGAAGUUACGAUUGAUCGAAUCCGACGAUUAGCAGAUCAGUGUAAAGGAUUACAGGGGUUUCUUGUAUUUAACUCCAUCGGAGGAGGAACGGGAUCAGGGUUUGGAUCUCUUCUCAUGGAACGAUUAGCAGUUGAAUAUGGAAAGAAGUCUAAGCUAGGUUUCCAUAUUUAUCCUGCUCCCCAGGUAGCUACUGCUAUUGUAGAACCCUACAAUGCAGUACUGUACACGCAUACCGCUCUAGAACACUCAGACUGCUCUUUCCUUGUAGAUAAUCAGGCUAUAUACGAUAUAUGCCGAGAUAACAUAGGAAUUACUAGACCAACAUAUACAAACCUAAAUAGAUUAAUUGCUCAGAUCAUCUCAUCUAUCACUGCAUCUCUCAGGUUUGACGGUGCAUUGAACGUGGACUUGAACGAGUUUCAAACGAAUCUUGUUCCCUAUCCAAGAAUUCAUUAUCCAUUGGCUACCUACGCACCACUAGUUUCUGCAGAAAAAGCCUUCCAUGAGAGCAUGGAUGUUGCUCAAAUUACAAAGGUUUGCUUUGAACCAAACAAUCAGAUGGUUAAAUGUGAUCCUAGGAAAGGGAAGUACAUGGCGGUUUGCUUGUUGUAUAGAGGAGAUGUUGUACCCAAGGACGUGAAUGCAGCAAUCAAUGCCGUAAAACAAUCUAAGACGAUUGAGUUUGUGGAAUGGUGUCCCACAGGGUUCAAGGUUGGAAUUAACUACCAGCCUCCGACAGUAGUACCUGGAGGAGAUCUAGGAAAAACACCUCGAGCAGUUUGUUGUUUAUCUAACACAACAGCAAUCAUGGAAGCCUGGGCUAGACUAGAUCAUAAGUUUGAUAUAAUGUAUGCAAAGAGAGCUUUCGUUCAUUGGUAUGUCGGGGAGGGUAUGGAGGAAGGAGAGUUUAGUGAAGCAAGAGAGGAUCUUGCUGCUCUGGAACUGGAUUAUCAAGAGGUUGGCUCUGAAAACUACAGCGAUUAUGAUGAUGAUGAUAAAUAAACACAAUUUUACUCAUGGUUUCAAAAGCGUUAUUUAACAGUUUUAAUUACAUAACCUAGUACUUCAAAAAAAAUUAUAAUAUGCUCCAGGACCAAAUAAAACCUUGGGCAAAAUUCAAUUUGUUAGACUAAUUGAUUGGAGAUUUCGACUUUUCAAAGAUUUAACUUUAACUUCUAUUUGAUUAUUUAAAAAUUUGAUUCUUCUUAUCAAAUUUCCUUUUCGAUCUAAUUUUUUCAGUUUUUAACUACAGUGUCCCAUGAAACUUGACAGUAGGAAGACGACGCAUGAAGGUCGUCUUUGAUCUUUGAAAUAAUUAGCGAUAUUUAAACGUAAACCUAAUUUUGGUUUUAUUAAUAAAUUGAAAUCUAAAGGAAGUUCUUAAUAUUACCUGGUGAUAUUAUGAGCACAUAAAUGGCGCACCAAAUUAUGGAAAUACCAGGACUAGGAUUAUUUUGGGAUUAUUGCCUUCUAGAAUUUUUAUUCUAAAAUAAAGUUGAGGAAAAAAUGCCGAUAUUUUUUUUCGAAAAUUAAAGUGAACCUUCAAGUCGUCUUGCAACCGUCAAGUUUUGUAACAAACCCUUUCUCUUUUGCUUUUUAAUUAUAUAAAACUGGUCGAAUAUUGUAGAUUGUGCAGACCAGGUUUGUUUCAUCAGUUGUAUACUUUACUUUUUAUGCUCACAGUUUGAACUUCGAACAUUUACGCAAAAUAAAUAGUUAGUAAAA